AUGAUCUCACUACUUGAGCCAAAGAUAGCAAAUUUUAAAUAUGCUCAUCAUGAUUCAUCGUUUACCAGUAAAAUAAAUUGUUUAAAUGAAAUCAUACAUUGGAUGGCUCCUGAAAAAUUAAAGAAAACUCCUAAAAAUCCUGUACGAUAUAUAUUCAAAUGCAAAAUAUUUAGUUUCGAAAUAAUGCUUUGGGAACUUGCAUUUGAAAAAAUUCCAUAUGCUAAUAUGGAAAUAAAUAAAAUUAAGGAGUAUAUUUUAAAGGGUAAUCAAGAAAAAAUUUCUUGGGGAGUUAGCUCACCAGAUAUUCAAAAAAUCCAACGAAAAUUUGCAAAAAUAAUGAUUUCAG